GCUGUUAACACGGUUAACAUCCGUUACUUUUCGUCAGUCUCAUAGCGGCCAUAUAGCCUCAUUCAUCCGUUAUAUUUAGCUGACAGUUAGCGGUUGUUUGGGGGAAACAGCGCGUUUGUUUCCGCUUCGUGAUCCUCCCGGACGGUUGUCGGUGUCCGCCGCGGUGAGCGCGCGCUGCAGCCAAGCACGAUGAUCGAGCGACCAGAAACUGCGGUUCCCAGCAUUGCUCAGCGAAACCUGGAGGGCUAUGUGGGCUUCGCCAAUCUUCCCAACCAGGUGUAUCGGAAGUCCGUCAAACGAGGAUUUGAGUUUACAUUAAUGGUUGUUGGUGAGUCAGGCCUCGGGAAGUCGACACUCAUCAACUCUCUCUUCCUGACCGACCUGUACUCCAAGGACUACCCUGGUCCCUCCCAGCGCAUAAAGAAGACUGUGCAGGUGGAGCAAUCCAAGGUGUUGAUCAAGGAGGGAGGGGUCCAGCUGACGCUCACCAUCGUGGACACGCCAGGGUUUGGAGAUGCAGUCGACAACAGCAACUGCUGGCAGCCAGUCAUAAACUAUAUCGACAGUAAGUGCGAGGACUUCCUGAACGCCGAGUCGAGGGUGAACCGUAGAUCCAUGCCAGACAACAGAGUUCACUGCUGCCUGUACUUCAUCGCGCCAUCUGGACACGGCCUGAAGCCGCUGGACAUCGAGUUCAUGAAGAGACUCCAUGACAAAGUCAACGUGAUUCCUCUAAUUGCGAAAGCCGACACUCUGACCCCUGAGGAGUGCCAGCUGUUCAAGAAACAGAUAAUGAAAGAGAUACAGGAGCACAAAAUAAAAAUUUAUGAAUUCCCAGACACCGAGGAUGACGAAGACAACAAGCUCAUUAGAAAGAUCAAGGAGAAGAUGCCGCUGGCGGUGGUUGGCAGCAACGUGGUGGUUGAAGUGAACGGCAAGAAGGUUCGAGGGCGGCAGUAUCCAUGGGGCGUGGCAGAAGAGGGCAUUUUUGUGGAGAACGGAGAGCACUGCGACUUCACCGUGUUACGCAACAUGUUGAUCCGCACCCACAUGCAGGAUCUAAAAGACGUCACCAACAACGUUCACUACGAGAACUACCGCAGUAAGAAACUUGCUGCCGUCACCUGCAAUGGCGUAGAUACCUCCAAGACUAAGGGACAACUCACCAAGAGUCCGCUGGCUCAGAUGGAGGAGGAGCGCAGGGAGCAUGUGAUGAAGAUGAAGAAAAUGGAGGCAGAAAUGGAGCAAGUCUUUGAAAUGAAAGUUAAAGAGAAGAAGCAGAAACUGAAGGAUUCAGAAGCCGAGCUUGAACGACGACACGAGCAGAUGAAGAGAAACUUGGAGGCGCAGUAUAAAGAGCUGGAGGAGAAGCGGCGGGUGUUUGAGGAGGAGAAAAACAGUUGGGAGGCUCAGCAGAGGAUCCUGGAGCAGCAGAAACUGGACGCCUCCAAGACGAUGGAAAAGAACAAGAAGAAAGGGAAAAUCUUCUGAAGAGGGACCCAACAUCUUGCUUCAGUUUUACACAAACUCCUUUUCCUCUUCAUCCCCUCUGUAGAGUGGUCCUCCGAACACACACAACCAGAAAUAACCUUCAAGUCAUGCCAUAACAACCCCCAUAACUCGACCCAAGUAUACAAUCUCCUCGCUGCAGGUUUUACCGCAUCUGUGGAAAGUGUUUCAUUUUCAUGGGGAAUGCAUGUUUGUAGAAUUCUGUUUCCUGUUUUCCUGACAAAGAGGUGAAGCCAAGUUCCUUUGAGCUGACAGCAGUGUCAACGUUUCUACAUGUUCUAGCUGUUUGCUCUCCAGGUGUCCACAGCUGCAGAUAAACUGUUUCUUUUAUUGCUGUCAAGACUUAAAACACAAUAAAACACACAGAUCUCCUCGAUAGCACGGCAGGAGAAGAGAGCGUGAAGUGAGCGAGAGUAAUUUAAUCAGAUAGAAGAAGGUCGGGUGGAAAGGAGGCCAGGACACAUCAGAAACAUCACAGAGCUGCUUGUAGAGCUGCCUGACGUGCUAACGUAGCCUGCUGGCUAAAUGCUUGCCAGCAAGGAACAUGCUAAUACUGUUUAGCAUACGCUAGCCUCAGAAUUAAGUCAUUCUCAGGAUUUUUUAAUUUUAUCAGUCAAUGAACUUAUUAAAUGUGUCAAUAACAUCUUCACAAAAAUAAAAUUUUCUUGCAAUCUUGUCUCAAUAAAUAUGAUUUAAGUCAAAUUUUCUUCAAGUGUGAACAUUUUUGUGAAGCUGUCUGGCGAGCAGGCUUGGAAUCGGCGUUAAGUUUAAUAAAGUUAUUUGUGUUGGCUAAUACAUCAUUUGAUUAAAAAUGUCUUUUUAGAAAAUGUAUAUUUGGAAUAAAGUUGAAGGGUUAAAAAGGGUCUUUUUUAAUGAUAAAUUUGCUAAUAAAAAUGUUUCCAACAUUUACAAACUGCUACAUGAAUAAAAUUGUCGAGCAGGGAAGAUUUACACGAGCAGUCCGUGUGGGCUGCGGCGAGUCUGUUUCAUUGGAAACUAACGGAGGUAAAAUGUGUCACACUGGCUGAGUGCUCGGUAGACGUAUGCGAAGCCUCUUCGGUGUCUGAAACUAAAACCUAAUGUGUUUUAUGUUGUGACGUACCUGAUGGUGUCGUCACUGACGUGAGCUCUGAUGUCCAGGUGUUUCUACUUCUUUCUUUUUUGGGCCAAACUGUCAAAAUAUGUAUAAACACUACCUUCAGCUAACCGGUCAUAAAGAAUAUUGUUCAUGCAGUUGAACCUUUAUUGUUCUUCCUCAGAGUUGUAAUGUUUUAUUUUCAUAUGAUAUUAAUGAUACUCUAUGUACGGUUGAAGAAAUAAAAUCUGUUGUACUUUGGUUAAGUGGCUUUUAAUUAAUCUGUCAUUUUCUGUGGGGCAGUAGUUCAACUGUUCAUAUAAAAUUUAAAGCAAAAUGUUAAAGGGAAAAUCUUUCACCUUCAGAACCUGAAAUACUGAUCUGGUCAUGAUGGAAAUCCAAAUGUCUAUUAUCCACUAGAGGCUCCUUGGUGGCUUUUCUUUUAUUGCUUUUUAUGUCUUCAGAAAUAGAAGUCAGAAAAUGUACUAACAACCUUUUAAUAGAGAACUUUCUUUUUCAGAAAAUCCUUUUCCCAAUAAUAAAUAUACUUUCUUGUCUUCUACUUAAAAUAGUUGCUUAAGGAUUUUUUCCUAAGGUUUUAUCAAAACAGAUCAAACCAUAUCUAUAAAUAUUUGGUUUAGUUUUGUUUUUCCAGAACUUGCAGCAAUGACUAAUGCCAUUAUUUUCAGAGGAUGACUAUUAUGUAAUAAUAUGCCAAUGGGUACACCUCAGGACUGCUCCAUUAUUCCCAAUUUCUCUGAUAAAUGCUAUUCUGUGGUCCUACAAGGUCGUUUGUAACAGCCCAACUCUUCGAAACAUUUAAUGUAUUUUUGUCAUUUUUUUUCAUAAAAUGUGUUUUGGUUGUUUCUUUUAAAGUUUGUUCUGUCCCUGACUUCAUGGUUGAUAUUAAAAGUUCAGUUGUGCUUUAA